CAUGCGUUCAGCUCAUGCCUUUUAAUUGUUGCGUGUCUCGAGAUUACAGCCUGCUUCAAACGUGUGGUGUCAUUGUGGCUCUUCUGCCUUCCUGAUCAUUAUCCUGAACUUAGAAAUAUAUCUCCCGAGAGAAGUGAUGAACUCUGUAUUGUUCCAAGUCUUCAUUUCCCUACUAUUGAUUCUCAACCAUUUUGCAAGCUGUAGCAGAAAGCUAACAGCUAAUGCAUUGAAUGAGAGCUGCCUGGCUGAAGGAGAGCCAACUUUCUGUGAUUGCCAAGCACCUCUCCAGAGAGGCUCAAUGGAAUGGACAGGCAACAGCUCAACUUUUGUUUGCCCUGGGAGCAACACUGGACAAGCCAAUCUCAUUGUAUUUGCAUUGGGAGAAACGUGUUCUGCAAAGGGACAAAAUGAUGCAUCAUGUGGACCUUACUUCGCAAAUAUCACCUGCAAUGAUAAUGGCUACUUAUCUGUUCUCUCCUUCACUGCCAACAGCAAUAUGAAUGGUGGUACGAUUCUAUGCCAACAAAACCUAACUGGGGCAGAACCUUAUCAACAAUUCUUCAUCAGAGUAGGAGUUCGACCUUACCCACCGGCCAAAGCCAACUUGACUUUUCCGAUGAUCAGAAAUCUUCGAUUGGACUGGACUCCUCCGGCAAACCCAGUGAUUGGUGGAAUACGAGGCUACCUGCUGUAUUUCUCUCCAGAUUGUGGCACCUGCUCACACUCAGAAUUAGUCAGCAAUACGACCUUCACUGCUCUAUGUAAUGAAUGGCAGGCAAAUGGACAGACUUGUGUCUUUGAGGUCAGGACAGUGACAGAGGAUUGUGGACUGGAGAGCCCUCUUCUCAGAAAAAUCAGCAUUUUUGAUGGUACACGUCCUACUAACAUCAGAGUCUCCAUACUUUGCACAGUGGAAGUGGAUCCUCGUACAAUUCAUGUGGAAUGGAGUUACAUUCCUCCCCAAGUUAUCCACCCCACAACGCUCCCAGAAGUCCAAGGUUUCACGCUCAUAAUAUCAGAUAACCGAACUGCUCGAAGACUGCUUCUCCCUGGUGCACAAGUUAGGGAACAUUCUUUCAACUCCUCAUUUCUCCAAGCUGCCAAUUUGACAGGAAAUGCUAACCUUAUCUGGGUAAUAGCAGACACAGCAGCUGACAGAAUUCCUAGUGAAUCAAUUCUGUUUAUGGCGGCAGAUGAGUUGAUCACUGGUAUUGACUUAAGCCAAGUGUUAACUGAGCAGUGCGUACAAAUCUCAAUAAACAGUUUCUGCAAAAAGAGUGCAGCUUCCUUUCAAGUUCAACUCAGAUUCUCCAGGGGCAUUUGUGAGGAUAAUGCUGUAGAAACAACCACAAACAAUUACACGCUACAGACAAACUACAUGACGUGUAUUCCUACAGAAAACUAUACAAAUUGCUUCUCUGUUGUAGUCUUUAAUGGUGGAAUGGAAAUUGGUGCAAGUGAUCAACAGCAGCUAAUACUUUCUGAGUGUAACACAAGCUCUAUAACUGCCUCUGGAGUCUGGUUUAAUUCAACCAUGGGUCGAGUGUCUAUUGGACAUUCCGUCCCUCACAACGCACAGCUGGAUAUUCACUGUAACCCUUAUUGCCGCAUGCUUGUCGGAGAUAACAACACUCUUUGUGUCAACGGAACUUUUGAGCCAGCUGGUAAUGCUCGGUGUGACUGCUCUCCAGAUGAGGAUAAGUUGUUACGUAUUUACUUCUUUGCCUCCAUUCCGAUGUAUAUUUGCCUCUGUGGUAUGAUCCUAUGCUGUUGUGGUGUGCACAUAUACGAAGUUUUUGUAUGGUUGUUCACUGGUGAAUUUACUACCCCGAGAUAUGCUGAAUAUGGUAACGAGGAAGCGCCCCCAUCUAGUAAUCCUACUACUUAUCGUCCUCGUCCCAAACAGAAAUUGGCCGGAUCCAGUCCUAAUAUUGAUGCUCAUCGUAGUCUCAAACAAAGGAAUUUGUCAAGAUCCAGAUCUGUACAAUCUAUACCGCACAUGAAACUAACUCCUCCUACUCCUGAUGGUCCUCGUCCCGGACAAAUAAGGAAGGUGUCUGGAUCCAAAUCUGUGCAUCUUGAAGUACCUGGUACUAAUCGUCUUCGUCCCAAACAAAAAACAUUGUCCGGAUCCAGCUCUAUACAAUUAGAAGAAUUGUCCGAUUCCAGUUCUGUACUACUAGAAGAAUUAGACAAUCUUCAUCUCAGACAAAGAAAUUUGUCCGCUAGAUCUGUACUGUUGGAAGAAGUAUCUCCUCCUAAUACUGAUGAUUCUCAUCCCAAACUAAAGACGUUGUCCGUAGAAGUAGAAGUGUAUGAUACUGAUGAUGAUCCUCGUCCCAAAGAAGAGAAGCCGCCUGAAUCCAUACAGCUAAUACAAGUAGCUCCUGCUAAUAUUGAUGAUGAUCCUCGUCCCAAAGAAGAAAAGUUGUCUGAAUCCAUACAGCUAGCUCCGGCUAAUACUAAUGAUAAUCCUUGUUCCGAAGAAGAGACUCUGCCGUCUGAAUCCAUACAGUUAAAAGAAGUAGCUCCUGCUAAUAUUGAUGAUGAUCCUCGUCCUCGUCCUAAACAAAAGAAAUUGUCCAAACCCCGACCAAACGUUAAUACUACUCAUCCCAAACAAAAGAAGUUGUCCGUACAUAGAAGUGCUGAUACUGAUGAUGAUCCUCGUUCCAAAGAAGAGAAGCCAUCUGAAUCCAUACUGCUAAUACAAGUAGCUCCUGCUAAUACUGAAGAUGAUCCUCGUCCCAAAGAAGAGAAGCUAAUACAAGUAGCUCCUGCUAAUACUGAUGAUGAUCCUCGUCCCGAAGAAGAGACUCUACCGUCGGAAUCCCUAAAAAAAGUAGCUCCUGCUAUUACUGAAGAUGAUCCUCGUUCCAAAGAAGAGAAGCCAUCUGAAUCCAUACAGCUAAUACAAGUAGCUCCUGCUAAUACUGAAGAUGAUCCUCGUCCCAAAGAAGAGAAGCCGUCUGAAUCCAUACUGCUAAUACAAGUAGCUCCUGCUAAUACUGAAGAUGAUCCUCAUCCCAAAGAAGAGAAGCUAAUACAAGUAGCUCCUGCUAAUACUGAUGAUGAUCCUCGUCCCGAAGAAGAUACUCUACCGUCGGAAUCCCUAAAAGAAGUAGCUCCUGCUAUUACUGAAGAUGAUCCUCGUUCCAAAGAAGAGAAGCCAUCUGAAUCCAUACAGCUAAAAGAAGUAGCUCCUGCUAAUACUGAUGAUGAUCCUCGUCCUCGUCCUAAACAAAAGAAGUUGUCCAAACCCCGACCAAAAACUGAUCGCCCCAAACAAAAGAAGUUGUAAGUGCUGAUACUGAUGAUGAUCCUCUCCCAAACAAAAGAAGUAGUAACAACUAGUGAUUAGUGAUAAUUAUGGAAUUUAUAAUUAUGGAAAUC